UCACAUCCCUAAAAAAUAUAUUUUUUGAUUCACAUCCCUAAGAAAUCUAUAUAUAUAUAUAAACUACACGAAUCGGAAAUUUUUGUAAUGAUUGAAAUGAACAAAACUGCAAUUGGCAUUGCAGCGGGAGUGGCUGGAACGUUAUUCAUAGGAUACUGCAUCUACUUCGACAAGAAGCGCCGCAAUGACCCAGAGUACAAGAAGAAAGUCCGUGAGCGUCGCCGCCGCAACAAAAAAACUGGCGCUGCCAAACCUGGAAUUCCAAAUCUAAACGACCAUGAAGCCAUUGAAAGAUACUUUGUGCAAGAAAUCCAACUGGGUGAAACCCUUAUCGCUAGCGGUGACUUCGAGAGCGGUGUUGAGCAUUUGGCGAAUGCCAUCGUUGUAUGCGGCCAGCCGGCUCGCCUGCUGCAGGUGCUGCAGUCCUCCCUUCCAGCUCAAGUAUUCGCGAUGCUGAUCGUCAAAAUGCAAGAGUUCGGAAAUCGGGCGUCGGAGGGGAACGACGGCCCCAUCUCCUUGGGUUCGAGCUCGGGACAACAGCUCGAAGGCGCUAAGAUAAUAGAAAGCUCAUCGGGUGCAAUUAUCGAUGAUCUUGAAUAAUACUUGGAGAUGGCUACAGAAAUUGAAAUGUAAAUUUCAACAGUAGAAAUUAAGGGCUUCAUAUAUAAACCACAUAUUUCUUUUUAUAUAUUGAUUUCUCUGGAUGUUCCCAAUACAUAAAAAUAAAUAUGCGUAAACUGUUAACACUUAA